UCACCGAGAGAGAUUUGAGUUAAACGUCGGCGAAAAUGGGCUUUAAAAUAUUUUCAAAACUUUGACAUCUCAAAUUUUAUUUUAGUUGUUACACACUCAGCUAAAAAUGUCCGAUUCCACUGUGUGCUUUUCUAAGCACAAGAUCGUGCCGGAUAUUUUGAAGACGUGUCCCACAAAGUUGCUUACGGUGACUUAUAGUGGUGGAGAGGUGGUGGAUAUAGGCAGUGAGUUGACACCCACGCAGGUGCAGAACCAGCCAAAGGUGGAGUGGGAUGCAGAUCCGAAUGCCCUGUACACGCUUAUCCUUACCGAUCCGGAUGCGCCCAGCCGAAAAGAGCCCAAGUUCCGGGAGUGGCACCACUGGCUGGUGGUCAAUAUUCCAGGGAACCAAGUAGAUAACGGCGUGGUUUUGACCGCCUAUGUUGGUGCAGGUCCACCCCAAGGCACAGGGCUCCAUCGUUACGUCUUCUUGGUCUACAAACAGCCCCAAAAGCUCACUUGCAACGAACCCAAAAUCCCAAAAACGAGCGGCGACAAGCGAGCCAAUUUCAGCACCUCCAAGUUCAUGAGCAAAUAUAAGCUGGGGGAUCCCAUUGCUGGGAACUUUUUUCAGGCACAGUGGGACGAAUAUGUGCCCAAGUUAUACAAACAACUAUCUGGCAAGAAGUAGUAGCUUCCUUUCAUAAUUGACUUGCAUUGUUUCUUUUUUUGCCAAAUCUCCAUAGGGCAUGAUGUACAGAAUAAGAACCAUUUAGAAAAAUAGAAAUUAACAAUAAUAUUAUAACAGAAA